CACUAGUCCUCACUCGAUUGGUUACCUUGCGUAGGAGGAGCCUACAGAGCGGUACUUUCGUUUCAUUUUUUUUUCUCUCUAAUUUUUCCUGCGGACGAGCGCGCAGUUCCGCCGGUUCGCCGCAAAUGGUCGCGCCGCGCUGAUUUGAUCGUAUUUAACGCGGGUUGAGCGCGCCGCUGUCCUCGCGCCAUGGCGAGCGUGCACGAGAGCCUGUAUUUCAACCCGAUGAUGACGAACGGCGUGGUGCACGCGAACGUGUUCGGCAUCAAGGACUGGGUGACCCCCUACAAGAUCAGCGUGCUCGUGCUGCUGGACGAGAUGACGAUCUCGAAGCGCAUGACGCUGCUGGAGAGGAGGCGUCUCAACAAGCUCAUCCUGCCGCUGCAGCAGGGCCCGGACCUGACGCUCCGGCACUUUCUGAAGACCGUGGAGGAGUGUUCGGCCGAGACCGCGUUUGCCGUCAAGCUCAGGUUGCACAUGAUGGUGGUCGGCGAACUGAAGGACAUGGAGUCGUUUUUCGACACGCUUCCGAACCCGUUCAGCGACGCAGAGUCGGAGGCCAGCAAGACCAGUGUCGUCGGACUCUUCAUGAGACACAUGCUUCUUGCCUACAACAAGCUGUCCUUCAGCCAGGUGUACAAGCUGUACACGGCUCUCCAGCGUUACUAUGACGACUGUCUGGGUAGCCAGCCGGGCCCGCCGACUGCACCCCCGGUAGACGCUGAUAUGGAACUGUCUGAGAUGGAGCUGACGAGCACCGAAGAUGGUGCGGAGGGGAAGAUGGACAAGGAGGAGCCGGACGCGGGACCGAUGCAGUACUCCGAGCUGCUCGACGAAGCCCCGCGGAGGUGCCCCCUCUCCCAGAAGCAAGCGGAGUAUUUCCUCGCCAGACAGGCAUACCUCCUGAAGAAUGACGAGAACAAGGCCCUGAAACCCGCCGCCCUCCAGGAGGAGCUCAACAACAUGCUGAAGUUCAACCCCGACUUCGCCGAAGCGCACUACCUGAGUUACCUGAACAGCAUGCGGGUGCAGGACGUCUUCAUCUCCACCCACAGCCUGCUGCACUACUUCGACCGGCUCAUCCUGACCGGCGGUGACGGCAAGAGCAACGGGGACGAGGGCUACGGACGCAGCCUGCGCUACGCCGCCCUCAACCUGGCCGCUCUGCACUGCCGCUUCGGCCACUACCAGCAGGCGGAGCUCGCCCUGCAGGAGGCCAUCCGCAUCGCCCAGGAGUCCAACGAUCACGUGUGUCUGCAGCACUGCCUGAGCUGGCUCUACACGCUCGAGCAGAUGAAAGGGUCGGACAGCUCGGUGCUCACAGAGGACUCUGUGAAGAUGGCUGCCCACUUUGGCCUUCCGUACCUGGCCUCCCUGGGUAUCCAGUCGCUCGUCCAGCAGGGCGCGACCGGGGGCAAAGCGGCCAACAUGCUGAUGGAUGCGCUGAAGGACACGGACAUCCUGCACUGGAAGCACAGCCUGUCUGAGCUGAUUGACAUCAGCCUGGCCCAAACCACCUCCAUCUGGAGGAUGUAUGGCAAGAGCACCAUGGCGCUGCAGUGUGCCCAGGUGCUGCUCAACAUGAACAGUCUGGAGCAGGUUGACUUUGGGGUGCAGCAGAACAACACGGAGGCCUUUGCAGUGGUCCUGUGCCACCUGGCGGAGCUGCACGCCGAGCAGGGUCUGUUUGGCGCCUCCUCUGAGAUCCUGAAGCACUUGAAGGAGCGGUUCCCCCCUCACACUCAGCAUGCAAAACUCUGGAUGUUGUGUGACCUGAAGAUCCAGUUUGAGAGAGCCAUGAAUGACGGCAAGUACCACCUAGCGGAGCCUCAUGUCGCCGCCAUCGCUGCCCUCGACCAAAUGGAGGGCCUCUAUAGGAAAGGCCUGGUGAUGAAGGCCCAGAACCAGACCACAGAUGCCUACAGGGUGCUGCAGAGACUGCAGCUGCUUUGCGAGAAGACGAAAUGCACGGAGAUGAUCAUCCGGGUGAUGCUGACCACGGCCGAGCUCCACUGGGAGUCGUCCGGUUUCUCCACGGCGCUGCCGCUACUGCUGCAGGCUCUGGUCCUGGCGCGACAGCACCACCUGCAGGCGCUCGCCUCCGAGACCAUCCUGCACCUGGCCUUCUCUCAGCUGAUGCUGGGUGUGCCGGAGCAGGCGCUCAACAUCCUGCACGAGGCGAUGGAGCCCAUCCUGGCCCACGGCGCCCUGCUGGACAAGGGCCGCGCCCUGCUGCUGGUGGCCAAGUGCCAGAUGGCCGUUUCCGGGGGAAGGGAGGACCGCCGCACAGGCCUGGAGCAGGCUGUGCAGACGCUGGAUGAAGCUGCCGCCUACUUCUCGCGCAUGGGCUGCAAGGACCGCCUGCGGGACACGCACUACCUGCAGGCACGGCUACACCACGCCCUCGGCCACACGGCGCAGCGUAACGAGUGCGCGCUGCUCUUCCGCAUGGUGGACCAGGAACUGCCGCCGGCCCGCGCCAACCUCGCCAACCGCCUGUGAGGGGCAGCGCUGCGCUGCACCCCGAGGCAGCCGGGCGUCACGCUGACACUCCAGCGUUACUCUCUUCGUGGAGCCGCGUAACUGGAAAUGAUUCGCUUUAGUUCGGUAACGGUGGUCGUCAUCAGGAAGGGCAGCGCCGUGAACUUUUACUCCUUUUUGUUCCAUAGAAACUUGACGGCGGAGUAAAAAUGGAGCCGUUUGUCCUGCUCCCGCCUGUGAGUGUGAACAGGGAACGUGAUUCCAUUGAAGUAAAUAAAUGAUGGUGCUGGUGACGACUGCUGAUAAAUUGUACUGAGCCUUUUCUCAGAACCAGCUUUUUUUUUUUUUUUCCCCCCUGCGUCUCAUGUGUCCGAAAGAAAUGAAUGAAUAUUAAUUUUAUAAUAGCCUUCAGUUGUAUUAAUUAUGAGAGCCGUUAACUGUUUUUGGGGGCUGCCACAGGUAGCGGUUUUGGGCAGGAAACUCAUCGGAACUGUCGUCUUGCAUCGAAAGGUUCGGGGUUUGAAUCCCACCUCCUGCUUUACAGCCCUUGAUCAGGGUAUUUACCCUGACCUUUACAGUAAAAAUGACCCUGCUUUCUAAAUGGGUAAAUGAAUACAAGUAACUAAAGUGUACAAACCUCACACUGGGGGUCAGAUAAAUUUUAAAAAAGCUUCUUGUUACACUGUGUUUUUGUAGAGUGGUACAGUAAGGACUCUGGAAGAACGUUCUGGAAGGGAGGCGCAUAAACAUUGUAUUCGACUGAAAGGCGAAGUGGACUGAUGGAACAGACAAAAGUGUGUGCGCUUCCAAAGACCACUAGGUGGCGUACAAGAGCUGCAUUUCCCAAAGCGAGCGAGAGACAGCAUGUGCUAGGAAGAGCAGGCCACGGUGCUUUCUCCCUGUAUUUGUGCAGUGACAUUGGACAUCUUUGAAUGUCCUCCGUUGAUCAGAAGGUCAAGACCAGAUCGGUGCCUAUCAGGUUAUGGUCUUCCUGAUGGAUGAAAUGCCUUUUUUAUUAUUUUUUUAAAUUUUUUAAAUAAAACCCCUGUA